AUGACAGCUGCCCCAAAGGAGUGCGCGGGCACGGCCAUACCUGCGGACACUAAUCCUGGGAUUAAAGCCGAACAUAAAGAAGACCUUGGAGAUCAGAAUGACACGCUACAGGAAGAGAUGGACACGCAUCAUAACAUUCUGACCCAGCUGCUGGGUGAUUAUGACAAAGUGAAAGCCCUCUCGGAAGGCUCUGACUGUCGCUGUAAAUGUGUUGUCAGACCCCUGAGCAGGAGCGCCUGCCGGCGGAUAGAAGAGGGCAGCGGCACGGCGCAGGACUACUACACCAUAGAGACUAUCACCUCGGGGCCAGAGUGCAAGUGCGCCUGCAUCGCUCCUCCGUCGGCGGUCAAUCCCUGCGAGGGGGACUUCAGGUUGAAGCAGCUACGGGAAGCUGGGAAGGACAACAUCAAGCUCUCCUUGAUUACUGAAUUGCUGGAGGGAUCCUUCUAUGGCCUGGAUCUCCUGAAGCUCCACUCCGUCACCACUAAGCUCCUGGACCGUGUGGAAAACAUUGAAAAGAACCAAGCAGUCUCUCAGAACCACAGCCAGGAUGAGGCUGGUCCAGGCCAAGAGAAGAGACCCUCUAUCCAGCCACAGCAGGUGAAGGAGACACCACCCCCCUCGCUCCCCCUGAGGCAGGAGAAGAAGAGACUGAGUGAUGUGGCUACAGCCUAUCAGAAUAAAGAGGAGAGGCAUGAGGAGAGAUUUGAUGGAGGCCAUGAGUCCUCCAGACCCUUAAUUAAGACAGAUGCUUCAGGAUCAGGACCCAGCCCCACCCCCCAGGUGACUGCCCAGGUGAUCCCAGAGGUGACCCCCCAGGAUGGGGCCAGCCAAGAGAGCCAGGGGGUGUCCCAGGGGGUGAAGACUGGCCCCAAAGGGAUGGUGAUCAGGGGGAUGACCUUCUACAAAUUUGACCAAAUGGUGGCUGAUGACGGGGAACCAGGGGAGAAUUUCUUUGAGUAUGAUACGUUCAGUGGCGACGGCCCAGUCAACCUCCUCAUCGAGGAGCAGCUUAUCCAGCACAGAGCCCCUCAAAGAGCCAAAGAGAAGGCGGGACCAAGAGCUGCUCGGCCAAAGAGCAGAGACCAAGUGGGAGGGGCCAGUCAGAUCAGCCAAUCAACACAUGCCAUCCAAACGCAACCCGACACUGUAACAACAGUGACUUCUAAGACGACUGCAUCGCCCACAGGACAUACAGCAGAGGACCAGACGGUCACCGCCACCAGGAACGCUGAUAUUAACUCAACUAUGGCUGAGACCACUGGUCAGACCACCACUAGAGGAACUGAGAGGCCCGUCCCCCUGAUGGUCAAACCAGCCAGCAUCACUCAGACCACAGAGGGACCAGUCACUACAACAACCACUCAGGUAUCCAAGGAGACCAUGAGGUGGACGACAGUCAGACCGACUGACACACCUGUCAUGGCCUUGGAAAGCACUGGUUUGGAAUCACUAAGGGCCUUGGAAGUGAAAAACAAAAGACCAUCAGAGACCAUUGCAAGCACUAGUACAGUCGACAAGCUCGACACUCAACGACUAACAAUAACUACAGAGGCUUCGACCAUCAACACAAAGACCACUACAGUUGGCACGACAACUGCUGCCGUGACAAUAACUCCUAAAACGCCCACAACAACGGUUUUGCUAGCGACUACUACAUCGCCAAUGGAAAGCUCUAGGUUGACUUUGUCUCCCACAACACAGAGGCAGACCACCCCCUCCUCCACUAGACCACCAGCCACCACCACCACCACCUCUACUACCACCACCAUUGGUCAGCCUCAACCUGCCAGACGCAGAUACAGCAUCAGCUGGGAGGAGGAGGGGGGGAUCCCUGAGGACCCAAAGGAACCAGGGCAACAAACAUCCACCAGGAAGCUUGGAGAGUGUAAGGACACUCUGUCCACCAUCUCUGAGCCGGUCCUCCAUAACACCUACGGCCGGAACGAGGGGGCCUGGAUGAAGGAUCCUCUGGCCAACAACGACAAGAUCUACGUCACUAACUACUACUACGGAAACAACCUGCUGGAGUUCCGCAACAUGGAGACCUUCAAAUCAGGCCGCUUCACCAACUCCUACAAGCUUUCCUACAACUGGAUCGGAACGGGACACGUGGUCUACGACGGAGCCUUCUACUACAACCGCGCCUUCUCCCGUGACGUCAUCAAGUUCGACCUGCGUCUGCGCUACGUGGCGGCCUGGACCACGCUGCACGACGCCGUGUUCCACGAUGUCUCCACACCAUGGCAAUGGCGAGGUCACUCCGACGUCGACUUCGCAGUGGACGAGAGCGGCCUGUGGGUCAUCUACCCUGCACUGGACGAUGAGGGCUUCCUACAGGAAGUGAUCGUCCUGACGCGGCUGAACCCCUCUGACCUCAGCACCCAGAGGGAGACUACCUGGAGGACAGGCCUCAGGAGGAACCGCUAUGGGAACUGCUUUAUCGUGUGUGGCGUCCUGUACGCCGUCGACAGCUACAACGAGAAGGACGCCUACCUGUCGUACGCCUUCGACACGCACACCAACACCCAGAUGGUUCCCAGGAUGCCCUUCACCAACAACUACACCUACACCACACAGAUCGACUACAACCCCAAGGAGGGAAAGUUGUACGCCUGGGACAACGGACACCAGGUCACGUACAACGUCGACUUCGCCUACGUUUACCCCUUGUAAGAGGUCGGGAAAGGUCACUUUGUUUUUGUAUAAAAUAAUUACCAGAAGUGAAGAGAGCAAAGAGAUUCUAUGAGUUGAAGUGGAUUGUAGACCAGUCCUCCUGGCCACUCAUGUCAGCCUUUAUAAAGUCUUUAUAGAGCCUG